AGUAACAUGUUGCCUGGUCAGAGCUACAGCGCAGAGGCUCUCCAUCCGACCGGACAAAAAUAAACAAGAAGGAGAAGCAAGAGGAACUCAUCUCUCGCCUUGGCUGUCUGACCACCUUCUCGGAGAAGAAGAGGAGGAGGGAGAUUGGUUUUCACACUGUCCUGACUCAGUUUGUCACCUCAAGCUGGAGAAGCGGCAGAGGAUGCUGGUAAAAGUUGUCUCUCCUCCACUCAGCCGCCCAUCCAUCCCUCACAGCUGACCAAACUUUUUUUGAAACCGUAAAGCAGGAGUAGGAGGUGGUGGACUGUUGCUUCUGUGUGUUUGGGUCAGUAAUAAACAGAAGCAGCACCAUCCUCCUGGAGGGAGCUACCCAUGUGGCAGGAGGCUCUGUGGACCCGCGGACGCUACCUGCUGGAGAAGAACGAUGGCGGCGAGGCUGGCGAGGGGCCCGAGAGCCUGGGGGACGGGUGCCCGGGGUUCCAGGGUGAGGUGUGUGUGGAGGGUGAGAAGCCCCAGGACUGGCUGUACGAGUCCUACUACAGGAUGAGCCAGCAGCACCCGCUCAUCGUGUUCCUGCUGCUGAUCGUCAUGGGAACCUGCCUCGCAUUGCUCGCCGUGUUCUUCGCUUCGGGACUGAACACAGAGGACCACCUGACGUUCUUGAUCACGGUGCCCGCUGCGCUCUUCCUCUUCCUGUCCAUCUUCAUCCUCGUCUGCAUCGAGUCGGUCUUCAAGCGGAUGCUCCGCCUCUUCUCUCUCCUUAUAUGGGCAUGUCUGGUCACCAUGGGUUACCUGUUCAUGUUCUCAGGAGGGAUACUCAGCCCCUGGGACCAGGUGUCCUUCUUCCUGUUCAUCGUGUUUGUCGUCUACACCAUGCUGCCCUUCUCCAUGAGAGGAGCCAUUAUCGCCAGCGCCAUCACCUGCUUCUCGCACACCGUCACCCUGAGCAUCUGCCUGGCCUCCACCGCCACAAAACUGGAGCCUCUCGUGUGGCAGAUCUUAGCCAACGUGAUCAUCUUCACAUGUGGAAACUUGGCCGGGGCGUACCACAAACACCUGAUGGACCUGGCCCUCAAACAGACCUACCAAGACACCUGCAACUGCAUCAAGUCCCCCAUUAAACUGGAGUUUGAGAAGCACCAACAGGAGCGUUUACUGUUGUCCUUACUGCCAGCUCACAUAGCCCGGGUGAUGAAAGCGGAGAUCAUCCAGAGGCUGCAGGGACCGAACUUUGGUCGAACCGAGAGCACCAACAACUUCCACAACCUCUAUGUGCAGCGACACACCAACGUCAGCAUUCUGUAUGCAGACAUCGUUGGCUUCACCAGGCUGGCCAGUGACUGCUCCCCCGGGGAACUGGUGCACAUGCUGAAUGAACUUUUUGGCAAAUUUGACCAAAUUGCAAAGGAAAACGAGUGUAUGCGAAUCAAGAUCCUGGGAGAUUGUUACUACUGUGUGUCCGGUCUGCCUGAGUCACUGCCUCACCACGCCAGAAACUGCGUGAAGAUGGGCUUGGAUAUGUGUGAGGCCAUCAAGAAGGUCCGCGAUGCCACUGGAGUCGACAUCAACAUGCGUGUCGGUGUUCACUCCGGGAACGUCCUGUGUGGCGUGAUUGGCCUCCGCAAGUGGCAGUACGACGUGUGGUCACAUGACGUAACGCUGGCCAAUCACAUGGAGGCGGGAGGUGUGCCAGGAAGGGUCCACAUCUCUUCAGUGACGCUGGAGCAUCUGAAGGGCUCCUAUAAGGUGGAGCCUGGAGACGGGCUGAGCCGGGACUCGUACCUGAAAGAACAUGGCGUGAUCACCUACCUGGUCAUCAACCCAAAGACUGAGAGGCACAGUCCUCUGCUGGGUGUUCGCUCUCGACCCUCUCUCGAUGGGGGGAAGAUGAGAGCGUCUGUCAGGAUGACCCGGUACCUGGAGUCCUGGGGCGCCGCCAAGCCCUUCGCCAACCUCCACCAUCGAGACAGCAUGACCACGGACAACGGCAAGAUCAACACAACAGACGUUCCAAUGGGGCAGUACCACUUCCAGAGACGAGAAAGGUCCAAAUCUCAAAGGAGGAGGUUUGAGGAGGAACUCAACGAAAGAAUGAUUCGCACCAUCGACGGCAUCAACUCGCAGAAACAGUGGCUGAAGUCUGAAGACAUCCAGAGGAUCUCUUUGUUCUUUCACAACAAAGCUCUGGAGAAAGAGUACAGAUCCACCACAUUACCAGCCUUCAAGUAUUACGUCACCUGCGCCUGCCUCAUAUUCUGCUGCAUGUUCAUUGUGCAGGUCCUCGUCCUGCCAAAAACUGCUGUGCUGGGGAUCUCCUUUGGCCUGGCGUUCCUGCUCUUGGCAUUGAUCCUGCUCCUUUGCUUCGCUGGUCACAUACUGCAGGGGAAGAAGGGCUCCUUCUGCUCCUUCACCUGGUUCCCCACUUCCUCCCGCAUCAUCGUCACCAACAACCCCUGGCUGCGAUUGGUCCUCACCAUGAUGACCACAGCUCUCAUACUUGUGAUGGCGGUAUUCAAUAUGUUUUUCGUGGAGGACCCUGGAGGAUCGGUGGGGGAGGUCCUGACAACGAAUCCACCUGUGAAUAUAUCUAAUGACACCCUGCUGGACUACGUGGAAGAAAACACAGGAGAAAACAAGUUUUAUCUGCCAUACUUCAUCUACUGCUGUAUACUGGGGCUGGUGUCAUGCUCGGUGUUCCUGAGGAUAAACUACGAGCUGAAGAUGGUGGUGAUGCUGGUUGCAGUGGUGAUCUACAACAUCAUCAUCCUCCAGACACACGCCUCUCUGCUGGAUGCAUUCAGCAAAGCACUGUACCCCACCAAUACUCUCGAUAGACCAGGAGUGCUGAAGGAUCUGAAGACGAUGGGCUCUGUGUCUCUCUUCAUCUUCUUCAUCACAUUGCUGGUAUUAGCCAGGCAGAAUGAAUAUUACUGUAGGUUGGACUUCCUCUGGAGGGACAAGUUCAAGAGGGAGUGUGAGGAGAUCGAAACCAUGGAGAACCUCAACCGGGUUCUGCUGGAGAACGUUUUACCCGCACACGUCGCCGAACACUUCCUGGGACGCAACUGGAAAAAUGAGGACCUUUAUCAUCAGUCCUACGAGUCCGUGUGUGUGAUGUUCGCCUCCAUCCCGGACUUCAAAGAGUUUUAUACCGAGUCUGAUGUCAAUAAGGAGGGACUGGAGUGCCUCCGUCUUCUCAACGAGAUCAUAGCAGACUUUGAUGAGCUGCUGUCCAAACCAAAGUUCAGCGGAGUGGAGAAGAUAAAGACCAUCGGCAGCACCUACAUGGCUGCAACCGGACUGAAUGUGACACCGGGACCAGAGUGCGCACAGGAACAUGACAGACAGUACAUGCACAUUGGCACCAUGGUGGAGUUUGCCUUUGCUCUUGUGGGGAAGCUAGAUGUCAUCAACAAACACUCCUUCAAUGAUUUCAGACUCAGAAUUGGUAUAAACCACGGGCCAGUGAUCGCAGGGGUCAUCGGGGCCCAGAAACCUCAGUACGACAUCUGGGGAAACAGUGUGAACGUGGCCAGUAGGAUGGAGACCACGGGGGUUCUGGGAAAAAUACAAGUAACAGAGGAGACGAAUAGUAUCUUAUCCACACUCGGGUACAUGUGUUCGUGUCGGGGCAUCAUUAACGUGAAGGGCAAAGGAGAGCUGAAGACCUUCUUUGUCCACACAGAGAUGACCCGAUCUCUUUCACAAGGAACCGUGAUGCCUUGAGCGGGCAGAACAAAAACAAUCAUACGCAAAGUGGCCGUAGAUAUUUCAUGCGCCAUAACAUAAACCCAUUACCAGCAGCAGCCUACAUUGGAUAGGCGAUUGUUGAGAAGCAGUUUUUUCUUUAGCAAUAGCAUCACAACAUUAGAGGAGAAACGUCGCAGUCCUUCAACGCUGCACUUUGGAUUUUUUUAUAAACUUGAGUGUGACCAAGACGUUGCCCUGAGGAGUCUCUUCACUGUCUAAAGGAGUGCCUGACUAAAGAGAGGUUUGCUCUCAAGGAACGCAGUCGCCCGUCUGUACAGUAGUAGUGGUGUGGAGCUAAUUGCCAGUGUUGCAGAGCUUCAGAGCCUUAUACUUGAGCUGCCUGCAGAGCUGUGUGUUCUUUUUAUAUAUCUGCCUGUUUGGCACUGUGAGCCGGUUUGUUCCAUUCUAUCCUAAAUAGAUGUUAAAAUAGCUGUUUAUCAUUUAGAGAGCGAUGGUGCAAUGGGUAGUUUGCCAAAACCUGUGAAUUGUAUUUAUAGCGCUUUAAAGAGAAAUGGUUUUUUUUUUAGAACCAACAGCAAUGUGUGUAGAAUGUCAACU